GUAUCUGCUCCACUACUUGUUCAUUCAUUUUAUGUGAAGUUUUAUUCCGCAAACAUGGGCUGCUCCUCAUCCAGUACACAGAAUGUGGAUCAAGAGAAACGACCAGGCACAAAGCCUGAGGGGAGCAAUGGCGAUAGUGUGGCCGUUCAAAAUGGCGUCAUUGCAGACGCCAUCGAGGACCAGACGCAGUUGCCUGUGUGUGCCUUGGCAGAUGAUCUUCAACUGCACGCUGACGAUGGACUAAAGGCUGUGUUGGUGGUAAUGGAGGCUCAGGAGGAUCUGGGCUCCGGAGAAGAUCUCUUGGCUCAUUCUGAACCACAACCAGAAGCGGUCAACUUUGAAGAGCCGGGUUUAGUUGCUGCAGAAGAAGAAGCCUCCACUGACUCUGCAUCUGCUGGUUUAAUGGUAGAAGAUGUUGGUAAUGAGGAACGUGUGAUCGUCGAACCCCUUUGUGAGGCUUCAGGGGAGAUUCUUGGUAUGGAAGAUGUUGCCACAGUGCAGGCUCUAGAAGAUGAUGGAGAGAUAAAAGCUGGGGCUGAUGCUGAAAUUGUGAAGACGGAGGUUUCUGCGCUAGAACCUGUUGAAGUGAUUGAGUCUGAGGUACCUCCUGCAGAAGAAAUGAAGGCUGACGGAGGAGCUGCAGGAGUUGCCGAGACCCCAAAUGAGGAUGCCAAGCCUGUUGUAGAACCAGUGGUAGAAGUUACGCAAGAGGCAGUCGCCGAGGUCCCUGCGGAUAUUCCUCUUUCUUUGGAGGCUCCUACGGACAGUUCUCCACAAGUUCCCACAUCAGAAAUACAAAUGGGAACUCAUGCUCCACACGAGGUGGCACCAAAUGAAACAACAACAAGUGAAGAUUCCACAGCUGAAUCCUCAUCUCCCAGUGAAGAUUUGGAAGCUGUAAUAGAUCCACGGAUCGCGGUGGCGACCAUUCCAGAGAUGCCUCCUUCAUCUCAAGUUACAGAUGAUACGCAAGUCGAGCAAGAACCUGGGACUGAAGAGGACAACAAAGCUCUUAUGAUGUCCUCAGAAACUUCCUGUCCCACCCAAGCAACAUUUACCCAGGAGCCUGCCUCAAUAUCUGAAAAAACUGACUUGAAGGACCUGGUGUCUUCACUGUUGCCUUCAGAAGCUCAACCAACAUCUGAGACAGCUCCAUGUUCAGCAGAAAGUGACGGUGACGUAGAAGUUCCUGCUACUGAACCCACACGAACAGACACCGAAGCAACUCUGACACCAGUUUCUGCUGGUCAGAUCUAGGAACCCUUGUCAGAAGGCAUUCUUCAAAAUAGACCCAAGCAACACGCAAAAUGGAUGGAGGAGGAUACAUCAGGAUAAUAACACAAUCAGUAUGAUCUGCAUAGGUGUGGUCUCACAACAGUCUAAACCCAGCUUAUGUUUCCUGUUAAAGGGUGAACAAUCCAACGUUCUGCUUCACAAAGAUGCUGUGGUACUUUCCUAACACCUCCUAUUUGAUACCCCAAAAAAUCUGAAAGAUCAGGCCCCACUUUUAUGGUCUGUACACUUUUUUUUUCCCCACUGUGGCUUCUCACCGUUAGUCCUUUUAGUUUGUAAACAACUAUAAAAUCAUAGCAAGUAUCAACCUACUUUUAAAAAUUAAAUAAGGAUGUUUGUGAAACAACAUUUUUGGUGUCAAAAUAUUGUUGGCUAUCUGGGGGUUAAAGCUAUUUCCGACUUUGAGGGGACAAUUUGUGAGUUCCUUGCUUUAUCAGGUCUGGUUCGAGGUAACGACCGUGUCGUUGUACAAGAGUAGUUGAUCCUCGUUUGGUUCUGGAUCCAUGCUUAGUUGAUUUAUGUCCAUGGUUCUAUAGAUUUCUUCAGCUUCUGCACUCUUGGCCACUUUAAAGUUUGUUAAAAGUAUUAUUUUGAGACGGUGAGAAUGAUCCCUCUACUGUUGCCCUCGUCCAUCACUUUUUCACCGAUAUUGUCUUUUCCAGGUCUGUCAUGGGUGUAGGGGGUGUAAGGCUUAACCCCUGAUAUGAGUCUUCUUUCCAACUAGUCAACAUUUGAUUUGACCUUGAUGAAUGAUGAAUGAUGAAUAUUCGCAGACUAGAUUUUGUCUUUUUCGUCUCAAGGCGGAAUACUUUGUUUUUAUUACAAUUGGUAGUCAUGGUAAUUUCAGUGUGUUCCAUGCUUUUCCUCACGGUUUUGUUCUUUAAUAUUUGUUCAUUAAUGACUUAUUCAUCAACACAUUUCCUGUGUACGCUGGAUAAGUUAAUGUCAAUCUAACAAAACUAACAUAUAAUGUGAUUCAGGCUGGGG